CAUCAACAUCACAAGGGAGUAGCAGCAGUACCAGUCAUCAUCAUCCUCGGGACACAUCCAUGGAUCUCCAUUCUUAUUCUCUGCCGCCUCUUGUGAGCAAAGAAGAAGGCCCCAUUUCAACAGGGCUCUGUGUCGGAGAAGAUCUAGACACCUUGCUGGUGAAAAAGAAAUCUGAACAACACAAGCAUCACCACAUAACUGCUGAAGGGAAACCUAGCAAGGGGCCAAAGAAGAGAUCAAGGGCCACAGGAGGAGAAGCCACAAAAGCCAAGAAGAAUGUGAGGCCAAAGAAAGGGGGGAAGAAGCAGAAAGGUGCUAAGAUGGAGGAAGAGAGCAAUGUUGUGAAGAGUGACGCAGGUGCGGCCAUCAAUGGCUCUUCUGAGGAUGAGUCCAAUGUUAAUGGAUCAGCAGCAGAUGAGAUGAUGCCUCUGGCUCAAGGAGGAGAAGCUAUACCAACAACAACAACAACUAGUACUAGUACUAGUUCCACGACUGUGAGCUUGAAAGGGGAUCCAGCUCUUAACUUGAAUGGCAAGACCAGAGCCAGCAGGGGUGCAGCCACUGAUCCACAGAGCCUUUAUGCCAGGAAAAGAAGAGAAAGAAUCAAUGAGAGGCUUAAGGUUCUGCAGACCCUUGUCCCCAAUGGUACCAAGGUCGAUAUCAGCACCAUGCUUGAAGAAGCUGUCCAGUAUGUCAAGUUCUUGCAGCUCCAAAUCAAGUUGUUGAGCUCUGAUGAUCACUGGAUGUAUUCGCCGAUUGCUUACAAUGGGAUGAACAUUGGACUCGAUCUCAACAUUCCACAACAUAUAUAGAUCUCAUUAGUUUAGACAGUUCCAUAUUGUGAAAUUGUUAUUGCGGACGAGAGUGGAAGUUCCAACCCAAUCGGCUCUGAUUCAUUCAUUCAUUAUUUUUAUUUUAUUUAUGUUGUC